AUGCAACCGGCAUCUAUCGGAUUAACGCCCGGUGGCAAAGACUAUGGAGGCCUCGACUUUAAGAUUAUAAUCGACUCCAAGGCAGGACCGGCCAAUACAUUGCAUUUGGUGGCGCCAACCAUGCAAGAGAAAGCAGCCUGGACAUCAGAUAUCAGUCAGUGUAUAGAUAACGUGCAUUUCAACGAUCUAUUUCACGGAACAAUGAGUGACUCGUCGUCAGUAACAAUGCCUCACUCUAUCAGAAACGAUCCGCGACUCUUCAAAGACGAUGUGGACAUCCGUUUCAGCCGUACCCUAAACUCGUGUAAACUGCCACAAAUCCGUUACGCAAGUCCUGAGCGUCUCUUUGAACGGCUGACGGAUCUUAGAUUCUUAAGCAUUGAUUUCCUCAACACUUUUCUGCUGACAUAUCGGGUCUUCACGGAUGGCGUCACUGUAUUGGAAGCGCUCAAAAGAGUUCACUACAAUCCUGAGUGUCAAUUGGAUACAUUAAAAUCUCUUCACGACUCGACCGGUUCUUUAGACGACAUCCAAACUACGGCCAAAAAUGAAGGACAAUCGCAGUUAGUCGGCGGUGACCUCCUCUGCACAGUCGACUACGAUUACUCACGACGUAUUAGCACCGGAUCUAUGAUCACUGACAUCAAUGACCUGCACCGAGAGUCCGUUGUGUCCAACUCGGAGUCCACUGCUAGUCAACAUCUGCAACAAAUGCAAAGCCAACAACUGCUCCAAUCGUCUCGCAAUAGUCAGCACUGGAGACUCAGUUACAGAAAGUUCGAAGAAGAACAAGCGAGGGAUAGGUAUUUGAGAAGAUUGGGUGACAGGAGUCAACUCCAGGGAAGCAUUUGCAGUCAAUCUGACUUUCCUUCUGGUCCCUUAUUAUCACCAGGAAUUUUAGACCCAAUCCAAGUGCCUGUUCCGCCGCCCCCUUCUCCGGAGGUGCCAUAUAUUCUGGACAACAGUGCUCUUCAACACGAUAUUCGUAUGAAAAACACGAGUAGCGAUUCUUCGGAUACAGAUAACGAACAAACGAAUCCUCCAAUGGGGAGUCAGUCUGAGAACCUCCAGGUGCCGGUUCACUCGCAAUCAUGCGAAACACUGACUGCUGACCAAAGUUAUCCAAAUUCACCGCUCAGUUCAGCGACGAGUUCCGCGACACUCGUGGGAAGUGAUAGUAAGAGUGGUUCACCAAAACCGAGUCCUAUUAAGAAGACAGCGCCGGUACGACUGCCCCCUAUAGACAAUUUGAAUUUAGUGAACCAUAACGACGGCACCCCUCCCUCAACACCUCCGCCACAAACUCCCAAACAAAUUGUUCCGCAAACGCCUCCCAUCUCNCUGGCCUAA